AUGGCCGCUGGCGGCGCGGGACCGCCAAUGCCGAGGAACCAUGUCCAUGCCCAAGGUGCUGCCCGCGAUGACAGCGACUCGCAAGAUGGCGACAGGACAGGGAGCUUUGAGAUUUAUCUGGGGCUCCUGAUGAAGGAGCACGAAGAGCUGCGUCACGAAUGUGCGCUUCUGCGGGCCCAAGUGAAGAACUCGCAGACUGCCGAGAGUCCCGACGCAGACGACCAAGAUGACGAGGACGAUGGCGGCUUCGACAACGCGAGCGCCGAAGCUGUGGAUGCGGGGUUUCCCGUCGAGAACGUCCCUAGCACGACUCGCAAAUCGGUGGAGGGCGUUGAGAAUGUUGAUCCUGGGAGGUCCCAUUUCACCAAGUUAAAGGCAGGGUCGUUCAUGAACAAGUACAAGUCAAUUUCCGUUGCAGGUGGUGCAGGUCUUUUCCCUUUCAAGGGCGCGAAACGUAUCAAAGACACAUUGAAGUGGGUGCGGAAUCCAAACUUCUCGUUCGCGGUCACUGGGGUAAUUGUUUUAAACGCAAUCUACAUUGCAGUUUACUCAUCAGUUGUCCUACACAAAACUCGCCAGAGGGCUGGUAAAAUUGAGUUGGCGCAGAAGGAAAUGUGGAUCUUAGGCGACGCGAUAUUCGCGUUGAUUUUCACAUCCGAGCUCGUUAUCAGAUCAAGUUUUUCAAAGGGGGUCAGUGGUUGUGGAAUGCCUUUGACUGUUUGA